CUUCAACCUUACUCCCUUCAAAGCCCCAAAUAUAUUUCUCUCUUCUUCCUUCUUCCUUCUUCCAACCUCUAAUCCUCUACCUCCCCAUUCUCUCUCUCUCUCUCUCUCUCUCUCGAUGGCCACUUCUUCAGGAAGCUUAGACACGUCCGCCAAUUCCCACUCCGUAUUCACUUUCUCCUCCCACCCUUUCUCCAACCUCCUCUCCUCCUCCUCUUCCCCCGACCACCACCACCACCAACCGCUGCCGCCGCCCCGCCGCUCCGCCCUCGCCGAUCGAAUCGCCAACCGAACCGGCUCCGGCGUCCCCAAGUUCAAAUCCAUCCCGCCUCCCUCCCUCCCCAUUUCUCCGCCCGCCGUCUCGCCUUCCUCUUACUUCGCCAUCCCUCCCGGCCUCAGCCCCGCCGAGCUCCUCGACUCCCCUGUUCUUCUCACCUCCUCCAACAUUCUCCCGUCACCUACAACGGGAUCUUUCCCAGCUCACGCCUUCAAUUGGAACACCAAUCCCCGCAAUCAGGACGUCAAGCAAGAAGAAGAGAAAACCUACUCCGACUUCUCCUUCCAUCCACCCGCUACGGGAUGGAGUUACCAGGAAGCAGUAUCGAAGCAGAACAACGCGUUUCCUGCUGCCGGUGGUGCAGGGAUUUCAACGCAGAGCGUUUCUCCGCCCGAGAUUUCGGCGAUUCAGACGACGAUUUCCGAGGCGACGGAGAACAACAACAACAAUAGCAGCAGCGGCGGUGGUUACCAGUCGGUGAGGGAGCAGAGGAGGGCGGAGGACGGGUACAACUGGAGGAAGUACGGGCAGAAGCAAGUGAAAGGGAGCGAGAAUCCAAGGAGCUACUACAAGUGCACUUUCCCCAACUGUCCGACCAAGAAGAAAGUGGAGCGAUCGUUGCUCGACGGGCAGGUCACCGAGAUCGUCUACAAAGGCAGCCACAACCAUCCAAAGCCUCAAUCUGCCGCUCGUCGAUCCUCCUCAUCAGCCGCCUCCAUCGCCACAUCAAUUCCCACAACAACAACAACAAAUUCGGUUCACUCUCAGGACCGCUCGUUCGGCCAGACCGAAACCCCGGAGAACUCAUCCAUCUCGGACGAUUUCGAUUCCCACAGCAGGAGCAAUAAUACCAAGUCCGCCGGGAGGGAUGAGAUUGACGAAGACGAGCCCGAUACCAAGAGGUGGAGAAGAGAUGGGGAUAUGAUGAAUGAAGGGAUAUCGUCAUCAUCGGCCGCGGCAGGGAUGGGGAGCAAGACGGUGAGGGAGCCGAGGGUUGUGGUGCAGACGACGAGCGACAUAGACAUUCUUGACGAUGGGUACAGGUGGAGGAAGUACGGGCAGAAAGUGGUGAAGGGGAAUCCGAAUCCGAGGAGCUAUUACAAGUGCACUUACAGUGGGUGUCCCGUGAGGAAACACGUUGAGAGGGCUUCCCACGAUCUGAGAUCUGUGAUCACUACUUAUGAAGGGAAGCACAACCACGACGUCCCCGCUGCUCGCGGCAGCGGCGGGGGCCAUUCGGCGGCCGGUAGGGCGACGGUAGCAGCACCAGCUGCCGUGCGAGAGCGAGAACAGGGGAGUUUUGGGUUCUCAGCGUUGAUGGGGAAUCCGAUGGGAGGUUACGGUGGUGGUAACAGGACUAAAGAUGAACCAAGAGAUGAAUUGUUCCUGGAAUCGCUGCUGUGCUGAAAAUUUUUCAGGGUGGAGGAGGUUUAACGGUAUAUUGGAUUGGAUUGGAUUGAUUGAUUAAUUAAUUGCGGUUCUUAGAGUGUGUGUUUUUGGGAUGUAAAUCUUGUAACCUUCUGGGUUUUUGUAUAUUCCAAAUUGUGUGCUGUUAGUUUGUUUAGGAUUUUGGCAGCGGCCGCCAAUUGGUUCGUGGCUGUCGGCAGAUCCACGAAUCAAUUUUUUGUAUCUCACACGGACGCUAUUAUAAUUGUUACAUUUCUGUAGAAAAAGAAAUCAGCUCUUCAAUUCAAUCCAUCUUUUCUAUUUCUGUGACACAGAAUAUGGAUUUAUAUUGUUGCUGGAUUUGGUGAUGUCGGAAGGGAUUCUAGUUGUAUUGCAGAAGCAGCUAUUCUCUCCUACCUUUGUUUGAAAAGGGC